AGUUGAACUCAAUAUUGCUAGAAGUCUGGCAGUUUGGAGGAGCUUCUGUGUAAUCAGUUGGUGGUCUGAUUCCUGAAAAACAGCUGCCUGCUGUUUCCCGUGGAGAUCAUGAAACGACGUCGGCUUCCUAGCAGCAGUGAGGAUUCUGACGACAAUGGCAGUCUGUCCACCUGGUCCCAGCAUUCCAGAUCUCGACAUCGGAGGACUUCGUGUUCCAGACAUGAAGAUCGAAAACCUUCUGAGGUGUUCAGAACGGACCUGAUCACUGCCAUGAAGUUACAUGACUCCUUCCAGCUGAACCCUGAUGAAUACUAUGUGCUGGCAGACCCCUGGAGGCAGGAGUGGGAAAAGGGAGUUCAGGUGCCAGUUAGCCCAGGGACCAUCCCAGAACCAGUAGCCAGGAUUGUGUCUGAGACGAAAGCUGUCACAUUUACGCGUCCCAGGAAGUAUAUUGUUUCGUCAGGUUCGGAGCCUCCAGAGCUGGGCUAUGUUGACAUUCGAACCUUAGCAGACAGCGUGUGUCGCUACGAUCUCAAUGAUGUGGACGUAGCAUGGUUGCAACUUGCCAAUGAAGAAUUCAAAGAAAUGGGGAUGCCCGAGCUGGACGAGUACACGAUGGAAAGGGUCAUAGAGGAGUUUGAACAACGAUGCUAUGAUAACAUGAAUCAUGCUAUCGAGACGGAAGAAGGACUUGGGAUUGAAUAUGAUGAAGAUGUUGUCUGUGACGUCUGUCAGUCUCCAGAUGGAGAAGAUGGCAACGAAAUGGUGUUUUGUGACAAAUGCAAUAUUUGUGUGCACCAGGCAUGUUAUGGGAUCCUGAAGGUGCCGGAAGGCAGCUGGCUGUGCAGGACCUGCGCGCUUGGCGUUCAGCCCAAGUGUUUGCUGUGUCCCAAGAAGGGCGGCGCCAUGAAGCCGACCCGGAGUGGCACCAAGUGGGUCCAUGUUAGCUGUGCUCUGUGGAUUCCAGAGGUGAGCAUUGGAAGCCCAGAAAAAAUGGAGCCCAUUACAAAGGUUUCUCACAUUCCCAGCAGUAGAUGGGCACUGGUGUGCAGCCUUUGCAAUGAAAAAGUUGGAGCAUCUAUACAGUGUUCCGUGAAGAACUGCAGAACAGCCUUUCAUGUCACCUGUGCGUUUGACCGUGGCUUGGAGAUGAAGACCAUACUGGCAGAGAACGAUGAGGUGAAAUUUAAGUCAUACUGUCCCAAGCACAGCUCCACCAAGAAAGCAGAUGACGAGACUUUAAAUGAAAGCCCAGGUCAGGAGAACGGGAUUCAGGACAGCUCUCUUCCUGCCCACAUCGACCCUUUCCACAGCAUGGAUCAAAACCAGGAGGAGGCCCACAGAGUCAGCCUCCGCAAGCAAAAGCUCCAGCAGCUGGAGGAUGAGUUCUAUACGUUUGUUGAGUCUCUGGAAGUGGCCAAAGCGCUGCGGCUGCCCGAGGAGCCGGUGGGAUUCCUUUACCAGUACUGGAAGCUGAAGAGAAAAGCCAACUUCAAUAAGCCUUUGAUUACCCCAAAGAAGGAUGAAGAGGACAAUCUGGCUAAACGGGAACAGGAUGUUCUGUUCAGAAGAUUGCAGCUCUUCACACACCUCCGGCAGGAUCUAGAGCGGGUGCGUAAUCUCACUUACAUGGUGACCCGAAGGGAGAAAAUCAAGAGAUCUGUUUGCAAAGUUCAAGAACAGAUAUUUAAUAUCUACGCAAAGCAGCUGGAACAAGAAAGAGUUUCAGGUGUGCCUUCCUCAUUCUCCUCAAUGGAAAACACGGUGUUGUUCAAUAGUCCAUCUUUGGGCCCCAAUGCCCCUAAGAUAGAGGAUCUGAAAUGGCAUUCUGCAUUCUUCAGGAAGCAAAUGGGCACGUCUCUAACCCACUCUUUGAAAAAACCACACAAGAGAGACAGAGUAAGAAACAGCUCUGGGAAUGACAGCAAAUCCAUGCUGAGGCAGCCCAGCCAAAGGGAAGGCGGUGCAGCUCCAGGUAGCUUUUUAAAUUUUGACAAGACCUUUGCAGAAACACGGAUUGUAUCGGCACAGCAGAAAAAUGGCAUAGUUAUACCAGACCACAGAAAAAGAAGAGACAAUCGUCCACAGUGUGAGGUGAUCAAGCCAGAACUAAAGGAAAAGACUUCUAAACACAACCACAAACCACUGAGACCCACAGAACUCUCUCAGAGGCAACUGGAAAAUAAAAGGGCUGUGAACCACUCCAGUGGUAGGUCAGCACCUGGCACGCGGAGGGAUAUAGUGCCUAAAUGCAACGGGGGUCUUGUCAAAGUAAACUCUAAUCAGACAGUAGUUAAAGUGCCUACGACGCCCACGAGCCCGGUGAAAAACUGGGGCGGAUUCCGAAUUCCAAAGAAGGGAGAGAGGCAACAGCAGGGCGAGAGCCCGGAGGAGACCUGCCGCCAGAACUCCAGCUACCCCUACCUGGGCGUGGGCAGAGUUUCACCGAAGGACAGGGCAAAAAGCAAGCUAAAGCCCGACAGCGAGAAUGAUGGGUACAUCCCCGAUGCUGAAAUGAGCGACUCGGAGACUGAAGUGGCUGAAAAAAAGUGCAGGCAGCAGAGGCUCAGUCCAAACAGCACCAUCAGCAGAAGGACGGACAUUAUUAGGAGAAGCAUCCUGGCAUCCUGACUGGACCCAGGCACACGGUGUCAGCACCGUGGUCAGUAGAGUCACUGCCUACAAGCCAACUCCACAUUAUUUAUUGGUGUGAGAGAGGAGAGUUCUUAGACAUGGCUACAGACUGACAAAUUGAUAACCCGUUAUUCCUGAGCUGUAUAAACAUGUUUACAUGCACUUAAAGCUGUUUUUUUUGCCGCCCCCCAAUUCUGUGAGAAGUUUGAAUCUCCUUUAUUUGCAACUUUCCUGAGUAAGCAGAGAAACGACAUCACUACUAAAAUAGGAUUUGUGAUGAACACUACAGUAACUCACAAAAACCUUUUAGAAGGGGCUAGGGUGGGUGGGGGGAAGUAGGCUGCAUUCAUCCCUUUUAGCUAAAAAGCACUGGUAAAAUUUUACUCCCUUCCCCUGCCUUCUGGAAAAGCACAAGCUCUUAAUUUAACUAGCGUGUAUUGAAGCGAAGAUGGUUGUUUAACCGUACUGCACUGCUAAACCCCGUUACAAAUGGUCACUUUCCUUGGAUGGUGGUAGGCCUUUCUCCUCUGUUUGCAGCAUGUUUUCUGUUGCAUUCAGUUUGAGCGUAGACGGCAGCUCAAAACCUUCCGUAAGCUCCAGAGUUUACAUGUAAAUACACCUACGCGAUGACCAGAUUUCACCAUGACGUUAUACUGGAGGAGGAGGAAGGGACAGGUCAGGGCUGCAGCUGCCUUACAGUGCAACAGCGUGAAAAGACUUGGACCGAGCACAGAGGACGCUCUCGAACGGCUCAGUUCUGAGACGGGGCAGGCUUGUGGGUUACUGCACCCUGUGGAAUGACCCGUCACCGUGUAGUCAGUCACCUGCCUCCGGGAGUAUGAUGACAAUUCAAGAAAAAAAAAUUUCUAAGGCACUAGUCAGUAGGAUUUCCCAAAGCCCACCACAUAUGCACUAUUGGUAUGUAUUGGGAAAGCCAGGCUUAUGACACUAAAGGGUUGCUUUAAAAUAGACAUGAAUAUAUAUUUUUGAAUAGAAUAAAAUGGAAAGGCAAUAAAUUGUGAUUAGCUCUUUACAGUCAAAUGAAGAAAAACUAUUUCAUUCUAUUCUGGACUAGAUUUGAUGGAAGAGGGAACUCAUAUUCUGAUUGUGUACUUUUUUAAUAAUUGCAAAUGGCAAUAACUAGUAAGCUAUGAGCAAUAAUACUAACAGAUCAUUAGGAUAUCGUUUUGUACCAAGGAGGGUGCACAUGUAACAGUGGAGCGUUAGGAGCCUGUAAAUUUUGGAAUUCUGCAUAGAUGUAAGUCAGGUACGUACUGGUGAAAAAGUUUAAGCAGCAGUGUGUUACGGAAAGACAGGCAUAAAGAACCCCCUUCCCCCCCUUCCCUACUCCUAGCCUGCCGUUAUCACAUCCACUCACUUUUUAAUGUUAGACCCUUGCCUCUUGAGCAGGGAAUAUUUAUAACACCGUAGAACUCUGCCAUAACCCAGUCUUCCAGAGGAUUCAAUAAAAAAAAAAGAAAAAAAAAAGGCUUAUUAACACCCUAUCUUGCUAUGCAAGUUACCACUUAAUGGAACAUUUCAACAGAAUGCAUCCCUAGCAUUUGUUUUAAAACUCAGAAGUCUUAACCCUUUGAGAACGGGAAUUUUGUGUAAGAUGUUACUUUUAAAAUACCAUUGCUGGUCCCAAGAAGUUAGAUUAACUUCAUGACUUACUUACAGAGGUGAAAGUCAAACAGGGCACUGGUGAAUCUGAGAUUAGGUAGUCACUCUUGGGCUGCGUUAAAAGCAAAGCACGCACUUGCUCGAACAACAACAGACAGACAAAAGGUAAAUGGAGGUAAGUUCUACUCGACAUACAGCAACGUUUUCCAGACAGGCACUGUUAUUUUUGGUAAGAAAGAAGCUCGUGACCAUAUAGGGAAUUGUUUGCCAAGCCAUAGAUGGAAUAAUCUAAAUUUUGAUUCUAGGUAAACAUUUAACCUCGCACCAGUUUGGAAGAGGUACCUUGUUAAUUUGCACUAUUAUGAAUGCUAACGUUGUGCAGAAUUAAUGCCUUAUCUGUUUUGCUCCCCGACGUUUAGGUUAAUAAGCUUUCUAAUGUUUCAACUUAAGCUGAACCAAAACCAAAAAAAGCUGUAAGAAGACUGCAGUAUGACCAGCUCUGUAGGUUAGUUUUGUCUCCCACGCUUAGCGCUCAGCGGAAGAGGUGUCGUAAGUACAGCAGUGACAAUACAAACCCACCCCUGUAUUUUACUGGGAUAGAACCAUUUACUGAAUUUCUGUUUUUAAGCAUUACCUUUCCUUGUGCAGGCUGACCAAGAGAUCUUUGAUUAUGAUUGGUGUAUUCUGUCAAACUGUAGGCUAGUUGAACUUCUGUAAAGUUGCCUGGAAUGCCAUUUGUUAGGUUAUAAACUCACACGAAUCUAAAUGAAGGGUUAUACGUGUUGUGUAUAAAUCUUAAUUUCAGAAAUUUGAGAAAAUUGUCAUUACAUUUGUAAAACCUUGUACAGAAGAUUUUUCACUAUGUGCCUAGCUUUGGUGUCCAUUCAGCUGAAAUUAAUUAAAAAAGGUGCAUGAAGAGAAAGUUAUAGAAAUAAAAAGUAUAUGUAGAGAUAACUAUUUUAUAUUACAUGGCCCAAUCCUGUAUUUAUUUUCUCCCUUUUUUGAAGUAUUUAUAAAGACCUAGUUGAAGACAGCUGUAUUUUUUGUUAAAAUAUUCAGUAGAAUUGUGCCUUGUUGUCUGUAUGUGAAUAAAUGCUGUACAUUUUUGCAGUAUCCUUGCCA